AUGGAAUCAAUAAUAAAGCCGAACAUUAGAGAUUAUCUUCAACCCUUGCAGGUCGAACUUGAAACCUUAUAUGAUUUAUCAUGCCGGCUAUCUGCAUCAUAUAAAGCGCUGGCCGCGGAAUCUUCCGAGCAUUUCAUCCCAACGGCUAUCACCCAGCUUCCAACGGGUCAUGAAAAAGGUCGAUAUCUUGCUGUCUAUGUUGGUCUGUCGUAUCUUCGUGUCGCCUUCAUCGAUCUGUUGGGAGAUCAACAGGUCGAAGGACGUGCACGUGUACGACGGACGUUAGAAAAGGCAUGGCCUAUUGAAGAACAUUUACGAAAAGAUCAUUCCAUUGAUCUUUUCACCUGGAUUGGAGACUGCAUUGCCGAAGUUGUGGCUGACAGACUCGCAAAUCCGACGGAAGAACGUAUUGACCAAAUAACGACAGGCAUUUCCUUCUGUCUCCCUAUAAAACAAGACUCCCUCGAUGAAGCCAUUCUAAUGCCGACAGGCAAAGGCUUUUCGUUAAGCUCAGACCUCAACCUCCGCCAGUCAUUGCUAAAUGGGUAUGAACGUCACACAUAUUCCUCUCAUGGAGAUGACGCGAAUCUCCCUAGCAAGCGACGCAGGUUGUUUUCACUCCCUAAAUUGAAAGUGGCAGUCAUGAUAAAUGACACGACUGCGACCCUUGCCUCCUUAGCAUACUCUAUUCCUUCUUUGCCGAACACCCGUGUCGUUAUGGGGCUAAUUGUUGGCGCGGGCUGCAACACGACGGUCCCUAUGAAAUUGUCCGAUUUGCAUGAAUCUAAAACGAAAAGCAUUCUUGAAAAACAGCCCGACGCAAAAGAAACGCUCAUCUCAACGGAAUGGACCCUCUCUACUGCUGCUGCUCCUUUUGUUGAACUUGGUAUCCGCACGAAAUGGGACCAUCAACUGGAUAGAAAUUGCAAGAGGCCAGGAUUCCAGCCGAUGGAAUAUAUGAUUGGCGGUUCAUAUACUGGCGAACUUGUCCGAAUCGUCUGCUAUGAUUGGUUCCAUGGAGCCUUGGGUAUACAACGCUCUGCAUUACCACUGAAAUUAGUCGAGGAAUAUUCCUUGUCAACAGACUUCCUCUCUCUUGUUGUUGCCUCUUCUCUAUCUGAUGAAUCCUUAGCGAGUGAGUUGUCCAAGACACUCAAACCGCCAUCCGAAAGUGACUGGAUCUGGUCACCUGAGUAUGCUCAUGAUAUUCGCGCCAUUGCCUCCGGUGUGCAGGAUCGAGCUGCUUCUUUGGUGGCCUCCGCUGUUGUUGGUCUGCUCGAUUGCACGAAUGAGGUCAAACUCGGCAAUGGAGAGUCAAAAGAAACCAAUGAAGAAAACGGUACGACUGACUCACACAAUACUGAACUGGACUCACCCUCAGUCUCCGCAUCUACACCAGGGUGGAAUAGCGGUCCCGAAGAACUAGCCGUGGCUUUCUCCGGUGGAGUCAUCCAACACUAUCCUCAUUAUAAAGAAACUGUACAGAGAUACAUCGAUCGUCUCAUACUGCGUGCUGGUCCACAAGCAGGUGGGAGGAGUGUCUUCUUGCGAGAGGCCAGUGACGGUGGAAUUAUUGGGACUGGGGUCCUCGCGGGAACUGCAUCUGGCGAGAUCGGCGAGAUCAAGGUCAACAUUACAUGA